UUCUCUUUUUCUCUCUCUUUCCGCAUCCAAACAGAGAAUUAGGGUUUGAUCACGUUCCAUUCAUGAACGUUCCGUUUGGCGAAAUUAUUUGGGAUAUCGAAAUUGAUGGUUUGUUGAAUGACUCUCUGGUCUGUGUUUCUUCUUUGGUUGCUGCUAAAAUUCAAUCUUUUCAAUGCAAGUGAGGCAAUGGCAAGACUAGAAAACGAGGUAAUGUCAUGGGAGAAGAUUCUUCUGUUAGUUUGGACAACUUGAGGGCUAACUGGACUCCAUCCCAAGAUCAAUAUUUUCUUGAGCUUAUGCUGUCCCAAGUUCGCAAAGGGAAUAAAACUGGGGGUGUGUUUACCAGACAAGCCUGGGUAGACAUGAUCGAACAAUUUAACACCCAAUUUGGGUUCAAGUAUGAUGUAGAAGUGUUGAAGAACCGUUACAAAAGAUUCAGGAAGCAAUACAAUGAUAUAAAAAUGAUAGUGGGUCUAAAGGGAUUCAAGUGGGAUGGGACACAAAACAUGUUAAUUGCUGAUGGUAAAACAUGGGAUGAAUGUAUUAAGGCCCACCCUGAUGCUCAACCCCUCAAGACAAGGAUUGUUCCAUAUUAUAAUGAUCUGUGCAUAAUUUUUGGCCAUGCAGUCGCUGAUGGGAGAUACAGCCUUUCAUGUUUUGAUGUAGAUUUUGAAUAUGUUGAAAAAGAAUUGGACGACAAGACUACCGCUGAUGAAGGAAUGGAUGAUCAAACUGCCCCUGCUGCUACCAAACAAGGUAAACAUGAUUGGUCACCAAUGAUGGACCAAUUUUUUGUUGAGCUUAUGCUGGACCAGCUGCGUAAAGGGAACAAGAUUGGCCGGACAUUCAAGAGGAAAGCGUGGGUAGACAUGACAGAAUCAUUUAAUGAUAGAUUUGGAUGUCAUUGUGGUAGGGGUGUCUUGAGAAACCGUUUCAAUGUCCUGAGAAGGCAUUACAGUUCUAUAAAUGUCCUCCUUGGCAAAGAAGGUUUUAGUUGGGAUAAGACACAGCAUAAGGUUGUGGCUGCUGACCAUGUAUGGCAAAAAUGCAUCAGGGUACAUUACAACUUCCGGCUCUAUAAAACUAAAAGCAUGCCUUUUUAUUCUGGCUUAUGCAUAAUAUGUCGCAAUGAAGUUACUGUGGGUUGCAAUUCAAAUCCUGAAAAGGGAUCUUCAGGGGGAAAUAACUCUGUCCAAGAUACUCAGCCACCGCCUAUUGCAGAUAAAGGAGUAUCGCCUAUAAGUGCUGAAAAUAAUUUUUGCAGAGAAACUCAGCCACUCCUUAAUGCAGAUAAAGAAGUCUUGCAUAUUGGUGGUGAAAAGAAUUCUGCCAGAGACUCUCAGUCCCUUGCUAAUGCAGAAAAUGAAGCAUUACAACAUGUUGGAAAAAAUGCUUCUGGUCACCUAAAAAGGCAUCAACCUAAGAUGCCUCCAACCUGGAAUGAGUCUAAGAAGGCAAGAGAGCAUGUGGCUCUUGCAGUUCCAUCACUAACCAUGAAACCAAAGAAAGAAGAUAAUUUUUCUGUUGACAAUGUUAUCACUGUGCUUCAGGCUAUACCAGGCCUGGAUGAUGAUUUAAUAUUAGAUGCCUGUGAUUUUUUGGAAGAUGAGAGAAGAGGAAGAAUGUUUCUGGCACUGGCUGCUCAUUUGAGAAAAAAAUGGUUAUUGAGAAAGCUUCGUUCAGAAUGAUUGACAAACCUCAGGCUGGUUCAUUUUGUAGCGAGUUUUUCUUUUAAAAUUUUGUUAGACUGCAUGCAUGCAAAGCAAGCCAUAAUUUGGGUGUGUUCACAGAACCCUCAAAAGUAUUUGUUUAUAGAAGGAUUAUUCUUUGUUUAUCUUUGUCAAUAUGUACAUGACAAGAAAUUAAAGUUAAACUAAUUUCUUUUUGUUAGAAUUAU